AGUACAAUGUUCGAUCGAGAAGAGCGGCGGACCUGGAGCGGCCCGGCGGCGCUGAGCACCUGAGGACGCACCUGAUCCUCCUCCGUCUCCCGCACAAACUCUGGAGCAGCCGGCGGAGCGCAGCGUGAACCAUGAGCGCAGCGUGCCUAUGAACACGGAGUUUCUCUCGGAGGAGAUAGAGGGGAAAAUGGGAAUGGCGAGUGAGGAUCUGCUCGUGACUCUGCAGAUACUACCUGGUUUCUUUUCGAACUGUCUCUUCCUCGUCCUGUACGACUCCGUGGUGCUGGUGAAGCGCGUCGUGGCGCUGCUCAGCAGCUCCAGGUCCGGCGGCUCCGGAGAGUGGCGCCGCAUGUUGACCUCCGCGGGACUCCGCUCCAUCUGGAACAGUUUCCUCCUGGACGCAUACAAGCAGGUGAAACUUGGCUGUGCGGCACCCAACUCCAAGGUGGUGAAGGUGCCAGAUGGCCCUCGGUGUAGCAGCAACAUUAGUAAUAUGAUCAAUGUGCCAACUGGAGCCAGGAUGCGAAAUGGGGACGAGUGCCGCCUUCUGGAUUUUGGCUCAUCAGAUCGCCCUCUGGUGGUCAACUUUGGCUCAGCCACCUGACCCCCCUUCAUCAGUCACCUGCCAGCUUUCCGACAGUUGGUGGAGGACUUUAGUGGUGUGGCUGACUUCCUGUUGGUGUACAUUGACGAAGCUCAUCCAUCUGAUGGCUGGGUGGCUCCUCCUAUGGGCUCCUCCUCUUUCAAUGUACGGAAGCACCAGAACUUGGAGGAGAGACUUGGAGCAGCGCGCCAUCUCACUGAGCACUUCUCACUGCCACCACAGUGUCAGCUGGUGGCAGACUGCAUGGACAAUAAUGCUAAUGAGGCUUACGGUGUGUCCAAUGAACGAGUGUGCAUAGUGCAACAGAGAAAGAUUGCCUACUUGGGUGGUAAGGGGCCUUUUUUUUACAAUCUGAAGGAUGUGCGGCAAUGGCUGGAGCAGAGCUAUGGUAAACGGAAAACUCUUUUCCAGCCCAGGAAGUUUUCCUGUCUGGUCCAGCAAAGACGUGGUAGGAAGGACUGACACCAGUCAACUGGGUUUCAUUCUGCGUGUGGUUAGGUGUAGGCUGCGAAACGCUUUGGUUAAGGUGAGGGAAAGUUGAGAAUUUUGUUUAAAUAUUGAGAAAACAAUCUCCAUCAAAUCGGCAUUGACCCAUCCCACCAGAAAUUUCCCUGAAAAAAGCAUCAUUCACAAUAAUUGAUCAGCAUUGUCAGCUGCUUGUCGCUCCACCUCAGACACAUGUCCAAACUUUACUUGAACCGACCCGGUACACAUAUAUUUUCCAAGCUUCACCCAAGCAAAAAUUAGCCGUUCUGUAUUGUGAAACUGGUUAUCAACUGGCUGUUGUCGUGACAACCGAAAAUUAUAUUCAAACAGGUGAAAUGACUAGAAUAGCAUUAGAGGCUUUAACUAUAAAUAAAUGCAAAAAUGUAUGGUCGCAUGCCUGUAACAUAAUGUGAGUCGAAUGAUAUUAUUUUCCUCACAAAAGACCACGGAGGGUUUUGUUUCAAUUUGUCAUCCGUCGCCUUGCUUUGGUCUGCGCUGCAGUGAUAGAAUAAGAAAGUAAAAGCAUCAACACUGUCAGGGAAUCUGUGAGGUGUGAAAGAAUCUUUGCUCAAUUAAAAUGAAGCUAUAAUCAGUAUUUAAUAGUUAAUCAAUUGGGUAAAUGUCCGUCCAUUUCUUACAAGCUCAAUUUUAAAUCCACAGCAGACACAGCAAGCCUAGAACUGCAAAACAAUUACACUGCUUUAUGAACACGUCUAACGCUCUUUCUCACUGUCACUUUACUGGUCAAUCUUUUGUCGCUGUCAGGACAUUUUUGUAAAGGUGACUAUUUUUUUUUUUGGUGGUUUGGAUCUGACUGGACCAUAGUUGGGCUGUGAACAGGUUUUGAUCUGAACCUCUGAAGUUGCUGCUCCACAGCAGAUUAACAGUGCAGCACAGGUUACCAUGGUGAUUCACAGUCAAAAGCAGCUUCGUGAUACAGGAAAAUCCGGAGAUUAGAAGAGUAGCCCAGAGAGGAUAACCUUAAUCCCGCUUUGAGAGGCAGGCCCCUAGUCCAAAAAUGACUUAAGGACAAUUAUAGACAGAAGUCAGAUUCUGGUGGCAGCAUGAUGGUUCAGCAAUUGAGAGUUGAAAUGUCAAAUGAUGUUGAAGAAACUCAUCUUUAAAAGAAUUAAAUAGAAUUCCAUCACAUGGGCAAAUAUCACCCCAAUUUUGUAUUCACUUCACUGUCUGAACUUGCCUUAGAGACACAAAGAUCAAGACCCAGAGCUGGUUACUAUGUUAUUAGAAACUGAGUGGACCUGUCAGCACCUGUAUGAUACACUUUCAAAUGUCUUCUUGUCUUAAAACUGAACAAACAUGUUAUGGGUUCUUCUGCAGAGAUUUGAAUUAUUUGGAUUUUGAUGACAUGAAAGCGCUCUUAAUGUUCUUAAAUAGUGACAUAUUCUCAACAUGUUAAGAUUGACUGUUGGAGGUCUGUUAAGUGUGCGUGGUUAUGUAUGGUUGAGAUGGGUACAGAAUGUGUGAAGCUCUGUCAGUCAGUGUGUAGCAUUGAAGCUCCAUUGGAAGCACAGAUGCUUUGGUCUGGUCUCCGUGACCAAGGUGUGCAAAUGAAAACCUUUGGCGAAAGAGUCAACGACUCAGCCUCUGGUUGGAUGUGAACUGCACCUGGUCAAUGAGACACAGAACCGUUACAUCUGCUUUCACUGUCAAUGUGCUACAGUAUAGACCUACAUCUCUGUAAGUGAUACACACAGAACUGAAACCUUCUGUUCUUUUGGGCUUUUUUCAUUCCUGCUUAGUGCAAUGUUUUGUUUUUCUAGAAUGUCCAAGGAGAGAAAUAAAAGGAGAGUGUUUGCUGCCAAAA